AUGGCCGGCGGCCAUUCUGUGGCAAACCCCACUGGUCCGCCCCGAAGCUUCGCAAGUUUCUUCAAACAACCUGGGGAAUCCAAGUUCGCGGGCAACAAACAGUAUAAGAUAGUAACGUAUGUCAAUGGAGCGCCGAUUUUGGAGUUGGAAGAUGACGAGUAUGAAAAACUCAUCGCCCCUCAUCGAUGGGAUUUGGUGGGAAAAUUUUCUUACGGUAGGCCCAAAAUGGAAGAAGUAAGAAGCGAAUUGGAGAAGGUAGGGUUUCAGGGAGACUUUCAUAUUGGUCUCAUGAACCCUAGACACAUUCUCAUACGGUUUGAAAGGGAAGAAGACUUUCAACGUUGUUGGAUUCAAACAAUGUGGAAUAUAAAGGGCUAUGCAAUGCGUAUUCUCAAAUGUCAACCCGAUUUUCGAUUUGAAGAGGACCCCCCUGUCAUUCCAAUUUGGGUGGCUUUACACGAGCUGCCGAUUGAGUUUCUUAACCCGCAGAUCUUGUUCUCAGUCGCGACCACCAUUGGCAAGCACUUGCAGAAAAUUGGUCAUAAUGGCACUGUAUGUAAGCAGAAGAUUGGUCAGAGUUUAGAACAUGACGUUAAGAAGUUUGCGGAUGCAAGGCAAUUGAUUGAGAAGAGAAAAGCCAAGAAGGUGCAGCCGGACACAAUUGUGGUGGAUAUUGAGAGCUCUCCGCCGAAGCAAAAAGAAACGGGUAUCAAGAAGAAUACGGAGUAUUCCAGUGAUGAUCAGCCUUGCGACUUGCUGAAUCUAGUGGUAGCGAUGUCGGCAAAUAAGUUUGCUGUUCUCGAUACAAUUCAAGAGGAAGAAGGUGAGAUUGUUGAAGAUGUGACAGUGGAGGAUGGUUUGGAAGACUCAGAGCCUACUGAAAAUUCUGAAAAUAGACAGAAUGAUACGUCACUUCCACCGCAGCAAGAAGGAUCCGUGGAUUUGGGGCCGGAACUAUCUACAUUGGAAGCUUUCUAG